AUGGACGUCCGCGAUGCACACCAUGUCCUUGCCGCCGACUCUUUGGCUAAACACAUAGAGCCUUCUCAAGCCCACCAACAAGCCAUCGCCGCCCUCAAAGAUGUCGUCUUUGGUUCCUUCGCCGGUAUGGCUGGCAAAUACAUCGAAUAUCCCUUUGACACUGUCAAGGUCCGCCUGCAGUCUCAGCCCGACAACAUGCCCCUCCGCUACACCGGGCCCGUCGACUGCUUCCGCCAAUCCUUCCGCCGUGACGGUCUAGGAGGCCUCUACCGCGGCAUCAGCGCUCCUCUGUUUGGAGCCGCCGUCGAGACCAGCAGUCUGUUCUUCAGCUACCAAGUCGCCCAAGACUCCCUCCAGGCCACCGUCUACAAAAAUACCGACCCUCUGCCCCUGCAUGCUCUGAUCGGCUGCGGUGCUUUCUCUGGAGCCUUUGCUUCGCUGCUCCUCACUCCCAUCGAGCUUAUCAAGUGCAAGAUGCAGGUCCCUGUCGAGACUUCGCCAGGCGUCUUCGCCCGCCCAAAGCCUCUGAGCCUGAUCUCAUCGGUAUACAGCCACUACGGCAUUGCUGGCUUCUGGCAUGGACAAAUGGGCACCCUCAUCCGAGAGAUGGGUGGCUCGGCUGCGUGGUUUGGCGCUUACGAGUCCGUGACUCUGGCCUUCAAGAAUAUGCAGAAAGAGACCAAGACAAUUUCGGACACCUCCCUGCCUCUGUAUCAGCAGAUGAUCGCCGGUGCCGCUGCAGGAAUGAGCUACAACUUCCUCUUCUACCCUGCAGACACCAUCAAGUCGCGUAUGCAGACAGAAGCUGUCGGUGCUCUCCUCCCGGGCCAGAAGCAAAAGACCUUCGGCUCAGUCGCUCGUGCGGUCUGGAGACAACAUGGUCUUAAGGGCAUGUAUCGUGGCUGUGGUAUUACCGUCGCUCGCUCUGCGCCCAGCUCUGCCAUCAUUUUCUCCAUUUACGAAUAUCUCAAGAAGUCGUUUGCAUAA